AUGGCGCGAAGGCCAGCAGCGCUCUUGGCCCUCUGCGCCGCGACGGCCGGCGGUUUCCUGCGGCCGGCGCCGCAACCGCUCCACGCGACGGUGCGCGCCGCCGAGUCGCCGCUCGCGUCCUCCUCCUCGACCCUCGAGGCGCGGUGGGUCGCCCCCGAGUGCUGGGUCGGCGACGAGGCGGACCUCGGCGACGCCGAAGCCGCCGCGCUGCUGCCGCUCUACGUUUUGGACGCGCCGCUCGUGCCCGGGUCGACGCACGAGAUGACCGUGCGCCACGACGACGCGGGCCUGCUGGCCAUGGUCGACGACCUGCUGGCGCGCGGCGGGCGGCGCAUGGUCACGACCAUGGGCGUGCGGGAGCAGGACGACGGGUCCGCGGCGCUCGCGCAGAUGGGCUGCGUGAUGACCCUGGAGUCGGUCAAGGAGGGCAACGGCGACGUCAAGUGGCGGGUCACGCACGGCCUGUCGCGGGACCGCGUGCGCAUCGACAAGGUCAUCGCGCGGGGCGAGGGCGACGAGUCCUACCUCCGAUGCGUCGCGACGGACGUGCCCGACGAGCCCCUGGAGGUCUCCGCGGGCGCGACGGUGCGCGUCACGGACGGCAAGCGCCUGGGCGCCGAGGGCGUCGUCGAGGCCGUG